AAUUUGCAGAAAUCACCCGAGCCAUUCCGUGAGGACUUGGAAGCUGUGGCUCCUAUUCAUUCCUGGCUUUGAGGCUGUGCUUGCUUUUAUGCUGCGCAUAUACACUUGCUUAAAAAAAAAAGAAAACAGUUUCAAGAUUGGGGUUCAACCUUCGCUCAAUCAUGGCGUCUCUUCUCAGUCCAUCACCUGCCGUAUCUUUGCAAAACAAGGUGAAUCAUUAUAAAGGUAAUGGCUUGUGCACUGGUGGGCCACAUGCUGCAACUCAGCGCAGUGCGGCUCGAAGAGGCGGCAGAUGCCGUCUUGCGGCGAAAGCUCAAGCAACAGUUGAAGGGGCAACGCUAAUGAGAGGAGCAGAUGCAGCGACCAACAGAAAUGAUAUCGGAUUCCUUAGCAUUCAUCACGUUGGAAUCCUAUGCGAAAAUCUCGAAAGGUCACUCGACUUUUAUCAAAACCUUCUCGGUCUCGAGAUAAACGAAGCACGUCCAGAUGACAAACUUCCCUAUCGUGGUGCGUGGUUGUGGGUGGGUUCCGAGAUGAUUCACCUGAUGGAGCUCCCAAAUCCAGACCCUUUGACAGGAAGACCCGAACACGGGGGCCGAGACCGUCACACCUGCAUCUCUAUUAAGGACGUGUCUAAGCUGAAGGCCGUCCUUGAUAAAGCUGGCAUUCCUUACACCCUUAGCAAGUCAGGGAGGCCGGCCAUCUUCACAAGAGAUCCGGAUGCAAAUGCUCUUGAGUUUGUGCAGCUUGAUUAAUGAGAUGCAAAAUCAUACAUUCAAG